AUGGCCACGGGGGCACCAUGGGGCCCCGUCCCCAGCCGAUGCCACCUGGGGCGGGCGGCCGUCCAGAGGGUGACGCUGCUGCCGGGGCCCCCGGGCCACCAGGGCAUGUGUCCCCAGGAGAGCGUGUACUGCGAGAACAAGUGCGGGGCGCGCAUGAUGCGGCGCCUGCUGCCCCAGCACGCGCUGGCCGAGUGCCCCAAGCGCACCCAGCCCUGCGCCUACUGUGCCAAGGAGUUCGUGUUCGACACCAUCCAGAGCAGCCACCUCUCCGUCUACAUCCGCGUGCUGCCGGGCGACUACGACAACCUGCUGGAGUGGCCCUUCUCCUACCGCGUCACCUUCUCGCUGCUGGACCAGAGCGACCCAUCGCUCUCCAAGCCCCAGCACGUCACCGAGACCUUCCACCCCGACCCCAACUGGAAGAACUUCCAGAAGCCGGGAGCGUCGCGCAGCUCCCUGGACGAGAGCACGCUGGGCUUCGGCUACCCCAAGUUCAUCUCCCACGAGGACAUCCGCAAGCGCAACUACGUGCGGGACAACGCCAUCUUCAUCCGCGCCUCCGUGGAGAUCCCCCGCAAGAUCCUGUCCUGA